GUUUAUAACUGUAUCUUUAUUGCAUUUUGUCAUGGGCAUUUGGCAUUUUGUCAAUAAACAUCGUCUCUUCCGUUUCUCUUGGCAACAGAGAGACGCGGAGAAAAGGCAGGGGAGUUGUGUCAGCCGUUCACAGACAUAAUGGCAGGAACUGAGCGCGAGGAAGUUGAGGAAACACUGAAGAGGAUCGAAGCCCAUAAAGGUGUUAUUGGAACAAUAAUUAUCGAUGCAGAAGGUAUUCCCAUCAGAACAACUUUAGAUAACUCCACGACGGUUCUGUACGCAAGACUUCUUCGCCGCCUCACGAUGAAUGCCAGGAGCACAGUGAGGGACAUUGACCCUCAGAAUGACCUCACCUUUCUCCGCAUUCGCUCCAAGAAACAUGAGAUCUUGGUUGCACCAGAGAACGACUAUCUGCUGAUAGUCAUCCAGAACCCAUGUGAAUAGCUUCUGGACAUUUCCAUGAGAGCCUUUGGUUUGUCACAUGGUGGUGCUUUAUCUAUAGGCAAAAUAUCUUUUUUCCACUGUGUUAUGAUGCUUCAUGUACUGCAUAAUCCCUCUUCUUCUACUUGGAACGCAAGUAUGUUGCCUUAAUCUUGCCUAAAUAAUGCAUUUUUUGUUCUACCUUAUGUUUUUCCUUUCAUUUUAUGUAUUUGUGUUGAUAUUGGAUUCUGUAAAAUAAAGCUGCUGGUACAAUA